AUGGCACGGAUAAAAUAUGCUACCGACUUUGACAAAUCUGUGCUGCUUAAUAAUUUUGAGAAUCACGGCUGGAUUCAAGUUAGCUGUGAGGAAGACUGGAAUUUUUACUGGGCCGGAGUUCACAACAUAAGAGGCAUCUUCAGUGUGGAAAGUGGUUUUCGGCUGCAGGAUGAUCAAGUAAUCAAUCACUUUCCUAACCAUGCUGAGCUGACACGCAAAGACUUGAUGGUGAAGAAUAUCAAACGAUAUCGUAAAGAUUUAGAAAAGGAAGGCUCUCCUCUUGGAGAAAAAGAUGACAGUGGACGAUUUAUUCAUUUAGAUUUUAUUCCUCAGACGUUUAUGCUGCCAGCAGACUACAAUCUUUUUGUGGAGGAGUUUAGAAAAAACCCUAACACAACAUGGAUUAUGAAGCCAUGCGGAAAGGCUCGAGGUAUUGGAAUUUUCCUGGUCAACAAAUUAUCCCAGAUAAAAAAGUGGUCACGAGAUGGAAAAAUGAAUACAUUCACUCCACCAACAGCAAAAGAGACAUAUGUGAUUUCAAAAUACAUUGAUAACCCACUACUCAUUGGUGGCAAAAAGUUUGAUCUUAGGAUGUAUGUCUUGGUAACAUCAUUCCGGCCAUUAAAAGCUUAUAUAUAUCGCCUUGGGUUCUGUCGAUUUUGUACAGUCAAGUACGAUGCAAGCAUGAACGAGUUAGACAACAUGUUUGUUCAUCUCACAAAUGUUUCCAUCCAAAAACAAGGGGAAGAUUAUAAUGCAAUUCAUGGUGGUAAAUGGACGAUACAGAAUCUGCGAUUGUUUUUGGAGAGCACACGAGGCAAGGAAGUCUCUGACAAACUGUUUGAUGACAUACACUGGCUAACUGUUCAUUCUUUGAAAGCUGUUGCUGUGAAUGCAUCGCCAUCUCUGUCUGCAACAACUUCCAGUGAUCGAAUCAUGAAGUACAGGUUGAUUUCUGAUGUCAUAAACAUUGUGUUGCCACCUGGACAAAUGCCUGACGUCAGGUGGAAUAAAGUGCCAGAUAAAGAAAGUUACGGACACUUUGAUUUGCUGUAUGAUGAGGAUCUGGCUAAUGCAGACCAGAACAACCAGGAGCUCCGAGCUAGAGCCGGACUUUCAAAUCCAGCAGUGAGACCUGGAGUACGGGACCCUCGAAGGUUUCCUCAGGCUACUUGGAAGUAA